AUAAAAUAACCAAUUAUGCAAGCGUGCGGAAAGUGUCACUUUUGGGAGUCAGCUUCGUUAUGCACGGUCACAAGCCACUUCCGAGAUUCCCAGUACUUUAGCCACGGCAUUCGGAGCGAGCGAAUGCUUUCGACAGAAGUUAGGCACGGAUGGUAUUUUGACGUUUGUCACACCUGACGGGCACGUCACAUGUCGCUAAGUAAAUGUUUUGCAAAAAUGUAAACUAAUGGUUGUAAAAGAAGUAUGUCAACAUCUUGAUAACUUAGUCAGUGACUAAAGUGACGUUUAUCGAACUUGUUGUAUAAUAUUCUGUUUGCUCCAUUUCCUAUUUGCCUAUAUCCUAAAACCUUAAUUAUACACUAAGGUCAACAUACUUCUGGGCGACUCAAAAUUAUAAGACUGAUGGACUCUUGGCACUCGUUAUAAAAUGUGCUAUAUUUUUUCUGGCACAAAUUGUCCAUCGACCUAAACCUGGGAAAGUUCAAGGCUCGGAGUUUGAAGAAUUUGAAAUCGAUAUGUCCAAUUACUCGGGCGAAUUUGUAAAGUGGCGACGUUGUAAAUAUUGAAGGAGAUGAUCAAUACAUCGAAAUUUUCCCGUAGUGGUUACACAAAUUUCGUGUGUUAUUGCUGCCUCACGUCUCUCUCGCCUUAUCUUAUCCGGAACCGGUCGUCAUUAUACUUUUUUCGAUAAGGACGCGGCAGUUCGCCCGCCACUGACGGUACGCGUCGAACUGUCGCGGUAUGGGAGGAUUCCUUAUCGACGGUGAUGCAGCCUUCACGUAUUUUUGUUUUGCGUGAGUCCCAUUACAUACAGUAUGCCCUUUGAAGUUCAUGCUUUGAUACCGCGAACCGUAGGUUGUGGUGUUUUAAAAGCAAAUCGCCUUGUUAUGGAAAAAAUUUCACACGCCGCGUAUCUACUGGCAGCACGAUAGGCCAAAAAAUGUCAUCCCCUACCAAAAAUCUGGAAAACCGAAUACGCAAAUCGCUACCGAAUGACUCUAGAAGUGACGCUCCUUUAACGCCCCAAAGAAGGAACACCGUAAGCUCCGGCUUCAACCCGAAGCCGAAGAAAUCGUUGAAAAUCGCCGCGAUAGCGGAAGAUGAGACCGACGACACCUUCUCCGUUGAAAACGAACGGAAAAGAGAGGUGAAAAUAGUGAAAAAACCAUCCGUAGUCAGUAACGCCAGCAAAUCUAGCUUCGCUUAUGAAAACACCGCUUACGAGGGAAAUCUUAAACGAACCGGCAGCGCCGCCAACAGCGAAAGGAGUACCACUACUUCUAGAGCGCCAAGCGUCCAAAGCUUAGAGAUCGUGAGGGAACAGUACUGCUGCUGUAGCAGAAGGACACGAUGCGAGAAAGCUCUCCUGGUAGCCGUCACGGUUUUGGGAAUCGCCAUCGUUGUGUUGGUCAUCGUUCUGGCGGCGGUUGUCGCAAAUUGCGGUGACCAAAACAACGCCGUAUCCAAAGUGAUCGGGUUUUAAUGAAUUUUCGACCCUGAGCUGUAGCUCUCCGAUAUCGUUUUUUUCCAUUAAAGUGUUCCAAUCGAUCAAGCAAAUAUUACAGUUUGACAGUCGAAUGAGUAUUAAUAAUAUUUAAACAAAAUGAGACUGAACGCUUAAUGUGUUUGUUACUUAAGAGUUGGUAUAUUUGUACGGUAAUUUCGUUAAUGUCUGUUGUUUAUUGUUAUUGUUAAAACAUUUUUUAUGUGUACCAUGUAAGUCAAUUUAUAAAUAUAUUUUU